AUCUUCCAUAUAAAUCAUGUCUGAACACACGCCGGCACCAAGUAUUCAUAGAUCAGUCUAUGGAUUUGCCUUGUACAUAGGAUCAAAUAUGUUAUUGUUGUUGUAUCUGGUGUGGGCUUUUAUACCUGUUGAAUUUUUACAAGAAAAUCUGGGUCUCUCCUACUGGCCUUCCAAGUACUGGGCUGUGGCUCUUCCCAUUUGGAUUUUAACGGCUAUUGCUGUGUUUGCUUUCGCCAUUUACCCAGCUAUCAAUAUGAUUUUGACCCCCAACAUCGAUGAUCCCAGAACCAUCACUGACGAAUACUGUCUGGAAAAGCGAAAGAGUAUUCCCGGUGGUAUACCACCAGUUUCUGACAUUCCGAUCCCCGAAGUUAGUCGAAAAUUAUACUUACAGAAUCAUGAAAUAAAGUCGUAA